GGAACUCGGUUCAGUUUAGUGGUACCUUUUUCUCAAGCCACCGAAGUCGUACAACUUGACCGACCGACGGUUGAUAUUCAAAUAAAAAAAAAAAAUCAUUUAUUUAUCAUUUAUUGUUUGCAUAACAAAUGCUGACGUAGAAAAUUUGUAGCAAAAAUUUAAUUCUUUAAAUUAGAUAAAAAGUGAUCAUUAUUUGUGUGUUUUCAUUUUUCUAAGACAAGACAACGCAAUGUCUUCUUCAUCUACUAUUGAAAUGAAUGGAAAUUGCAAGACGACAACCAAUAAUGGUGGUUCUGAAUCAUUUAAAAAAAUUCUCGAUAUUCAUAAUAAUUUAAAUCGAUCAAAUUUUAAUAACAAUAAUAAAUGUAUUGUGGCAUCAUCAUUGGAUAGUGAAAAGGAUGCAUCCGGUGGUAUUUCAGCAACAACAAUAACAACAAAUAGUGAACAUAAAUUUAGUGAUAAAGUUUUUGGUUGGGGUAAAUUUCAACCGAAAUUUUUACAACGUUUUUGUACUGCGAAAUGGGCAUUAUUUUGGCUAUGCUGGGGUGGAGCUAUGCAAGGUCUCAUAGUGAAUGGAUUCAUCAACAUCUCAAUCACAACAAUCGAACGUAGAUUUGGCUUACGCUCCCGUCAGACAGGACUUGUUGCCAGUGGCUAUGACAUUGCAUCUUUCAUAUGUCUUGUUCCCGUUUCCUACUUUGGUGGUCGUAUUGGAGCUUCAAAACCUCGCUGGAUAGCAUGGGGCAUAAUUCUAAUGGGUUUCGGGUCAAUAGUAUUUGCAUUACCACACUUUAUAGCAAGUUCUUAUAAAGCUACAUUUGCCGAAGAUAACACCUGUCAAAAUGACAGAAAUUCAACCGUUGACUAUUGCAAUGAAGAAUUUACAUCGAAUUCGUUGGAAAAGGAGAAUCUUUCAUGGAGUGUUUGGUUCUUUUUUGCUGCACAACUAUUACAUGGCGCUGGUGCUUCACCAUUGUUUACACUUGGCGUUACAUAUAUCGAUGAAAAUGUCUCCAAGAAAAUGUCAUCCGUUUACUUAGGAAUCUACUACACCAUGGCUGUAAUUGGCCCUGCUAUUGGAUAUGUUCUGGGUGGACAACUUUUACAAAUCUACACGGAUUUCUUAACAGUUGAUUCAGCAACAUUGGGUUUGACAAGUCUCAGCAAAGUAUGGAUAGGUGCUUGGUGGAUUGGCUUCUUCUUUGCUGCUCUCGCCUGUGUUUUACUAUCAAUUCCAAUUUUUGGUUAUCCUAAAUCACUUCCUGGUUCUGAAGAAAUCAAACUAGAAAGAGUAUCCGAAGCUUAUAAUGGAAAAUCAUCUGAAAAAGACAAUCAAAGUUUCACCAAACUACGGGAACUUCCAAAAGCCUUAUUAUCACUUCUUCGAAAUCCAACAUUUUUCUUUCUUAAUUUAGCUGGAGCCUCAGAGGGUCUUGUUAUAGCUGGAUUUUCUGCAUUUUUACCCAAAGAAAUUGAAAAUCAAUUUAGUAUUUCACCAAUUUGGUCAGCAUUGAUAAUGGGAAUUAUUGUUGUGCCAGCAGGUGGCGGUGGUACAUUUUUGGGAGGAUAUUUGAUAAAGAAAUUCGAUUUAGCUUGUGCGGGUAUAAUUCGAAUGUGUUUAAUAGCAACAACGAUUUCGGCAUUUUUUACUAUGAGUUUCUUGUUGUCAUGCAAGAAUUUAAGUUUUGCUGGGGUAACAUCGGCAUAUAACGGUAUUGAAACGUCAAAUGGCAAUAUGGACUAUGCAUUUCAAUUGGAGGACACAUGUAAUAGUGGCUGUCAUUGUAGUCGAAUGAAUUAUGAUCCGAUUUGUGGAUCAGAUGGGGUAAUGUACUUUAGCCCCUGUCAUGCUGGCUGUCAGCAAGAACGGGCUUUUGGUGAAUCAAAAAUCUAUCUAGACUGUGACUGUAUUAAGGCACCGGAAAAUGCAACUUAUGAAGCUAUAAAUACAAUGUGUGAAUCAGGCUGCUCACAUUUAUGGUAUUUUGUCUUUUUCUGUUUUAUUCUGAUGCUUUUUACGUUUCUGGCAACGAUGCCUGCACUAGCAGCAACAUUGAGAUGUGUUCAAGAUGAACAACGCUCGUUUGCUUUGGGUAUUCAGUGGAUUAAAGUUCGUCUUUUGGGUACAAUUCCUGCACCUCUGAUUUUUGGAUCGCUUAUUGAUGAAACAUGCAUUUUAUGGAAGGAAACUUGUGAAGAACAUGGUGCAUGUCUUGUUUAUGAUAACAACAGCAUGAGCAGGUCAAUGUGGAUUCUUGCACUCACUGGAAAAAUAUCAUCGGUUUUGUUUUUCUUUGGCGCAUGGUGGUUCUACAUUCCACCCAAAACUGUAAGCGACAACAAUGGUGGGGGAGUAUGUAAUGCUAUUAACAGUGACAACAAUAGCCAUGAUGAUGUCUGUUAUGAAGAAGAAGAAAGUCAGUCACAACAUUACGAGCAACAAGUGCAUUCAUCCAUUGAGGCAGAUUUUAUGAAUGAAAAUUCACAGCAUGCGCAGAAACAUGCAAACAGUAGCGGCCGAUUUUAA